CUGUGUUUGCUGACCACUGCAAAGUAAAAACAAAAAGACAACAACGAACAACGAAAACGACAACAAAAACAAAGCGCAACGUAAGCAGAAGCGUUGGCGUUGGCGUCUCAUUAAAUUCAGCGUUGUUUUUUUUUCGCUGCACCACGAAAUAAUGAUUAGACGCGGACUUAACGGCCACGAGAACACAACAACUGCGCAGCGGGAGCUGGAAGAACUCCUAGAUUAAUACGCACUAACAAUAUGGUUAUCGGCUGCUCCGAUUGCUGCAGUCGCACAGGCUAUGACAGCAUUGGCAAUACAGGUCCUCGCUUUGGAGUGCGUCAUCUGCAAUGCAUUUUGGUAUUCUUUGGCCUGGCCGUCGCUUAUGCCAUGCGGGUGAAUCUCUCGGUGGCCAUUGUGGCCAUGACGGAUUCCAAUAACACCAAUGACAAUUUCGACUGGAAUGAGAGUGUCAAGUCGUAUCUGCUGAGCAGCUUCUUCUGGGGCUAUGUGGUUACCCAGGUGCCGGGUGGUUAUCUAUCGGCUAUGUUUGGUGCCAAGUAUAUGUUGUUCUUUGGCGUGUUCAUCUGUUCCUGCCUGGCGUUAUUGACGCACUUUUGUGCCAUCACUGGUGGCUGGAAGCUGCUGGUUGCGCUGCGUGCGGCACAAGGACUCUGUCAGGGCGUCAUCUUUCCAUCCACACAUACAUUCCUAUCGAAGUGGUCGCCAGCGGAGGAGCGAGGACGUUUGGUCGGCUAUUGUUAUUCGGGAUCCCAGUUUGGCACUGUGGUCAUGUUGUCUGUAAGCGGUUAUAUUGCCUCCUCACCGCUUGGCUGGCCCAGCAUAUUCUACAUCUCAGGAUGCGCGGGCAUUGUUUGGUCCGCUAUCUGGUUGUUUCUCAGCGCCAGCACGCCAGCCCAGCAUGCCACAAUCACGCCCAGUGAGCGGCGUUAUAUUGAGACGUCGGGUCAGUUGCGCCGUGCCUCGGAUGCGGGUCGAGAGGAGGAGGCACCACGUCUACGCACACCUUGGCGACGAAUCCUGACUUCGCUGCCAUUCCUGUCGCUCCUUCUGGCGCAUUGUGCCAACAACUGGGGCUUCUGGACGCUGCUCACACAGAUUCCCACAUUCCUGAAGAGCGUGCUCAACAUGGACAUCAAGCACAAUGGUCCACUGUCGGCGCUGCCCUACUUAGCCAUGAUAAUCCUCACCUGCGGCUUCAUCUGGCUAUCGGAUAUGCUGAAGAAUCGUGGCAGCCCCAUCUCCCUGAACUUCUCCAGAAAGUUAUUCAAUUCACUAGGAUUAUGGCUGCCCAUGUUGGCAUUGAUUGGUUUGGGAUGCAUCACCACUAAAGGGGCGAGUGCUAACCUGGUUGUUGGAUUACUCACGUUGGCGGUGGCCACCAAUGCGGCCAGUUACUUGGGCUUCCAUGUGAACCAUAUGGAUCUGUCGCCCAAUUUCGCUGGGACCUUGAUGGGCAUCACAAACUGUGCGGCCAAUGUGAUGAGCAUCUUGGCUCCCUUGAUUGUGGGACUGAUUGUAAGGAAUGAGAAAGACGCAUCCCAGUGGCAGAUUGUUUUCUUCUUCACCGCCCUUGUCUACUUCAUUGGAAACUUUGUGUUCAUCAUCUUUGGACGCACAACUGUCCAGUCGUGGAACAGUCCCUCCAGCUCAACACAAACACGCACACCAGCUGCUGACGAGGAUGAGGAGGCGGAACGGGCGCGUCUUAUUGAAUCCUAGAAUGAAAGAUCGAAUUUAAAACUGAUAGCGUGAGAGAGUCUGAUAAUGAAACUGAUGUACCUAAUGCACGGUAUUAGAUGGAAUUGAUUGUCGCUAUUAUAAUGCUACUAUUAUAUAUAGAGUUAUAUAUACAUUUGAAUAUUAUAUAGAUUUAUUCAUAGUUAUACAACACAAUAUACAAUUAUUUAUGUAAUAAUAUGACAACGCGAAAC